AUGAUUGGCUUAUCUGUAAUAGAUGUCCUCAAACAACUAUUAAGUCUACAGUUUAAAUUUAUUAAAUUUUACAACAAAGAUCCAACAAAUAACUCUUUAGUAUCUCAGUUGAUUCAAAAUUAUACAAAUUGCAUAGCUAGCUUAGCUACCCAUGUUUACUACCACGAUCAAAUCUCUGAUAUGGUCGAUGAAUUAUUUUCAAAACUAUUAGAUUUCUCUAAAAAAUCAAAUGAAAACUUGGUUAAUUUUGAAAAUUUCUCUCUCCCAAUUACUAAUCUAAAUAACUUGACUGUUAAAUCAAGGAAAAGAGCCAUAAGUUAUGCAUCCAAUUUCCCUGCCAACUCAAACGCUUCCUAUUCUCAUUUAUUAUCAAGUCAAAAUUUAAUUAACAAUAAUAAUAACAAUAAUAAUAGCCCUGUUUCCAAUUCAACUUCAAAUUCAAAUUCAAAUUCAAUUCGAAAAUCACCAAAAGAGGAUUCCAGUUCAGAUGUUCAAAAUAUCUUGGAUCCAAACAUUGAUUCUCCUUCUUUCACAAACUCAAAUCAAAACUCAAAUGCUCAAUACGAUAUUCAAAAAAUUAAAAAUUACAUCAUUAUUCUAUUAAACAAUAUUGAUUCUGUCUUCCAGAAAUGCUCGAAUAAUAAAUCCUCUUCCUCAAUUCAAAGAUCUCUUGUACCAAUAGAUUUAUUCAAUGAAUCCUUACCUUUGUUAAGUUACUAUAGUAAUUCCCUAACAAUUUACGAAAAUUUAUCAAUCCAAUUAAAAUAUUCAAACCUAUUAUUAGUCUAUAUUGAAAACGAAUUAUUCGAUGAUGAUGAUUUAUUAAUUCCAAAUUACCGUCAAUUAAUCUCAAACGUUAAUAAUCCUUUAAUUAAUAUCUUUUGGAGUAUUGACCAAUUCUUUAAAAUUUUACCAAAUUUUGAAAAUGAAACAAAUUUUAAAAUUGACUCAAUCAAAAAUAUUAAGGAUCAAAAUGCUUUAAUCAUGAACUUUAUUAAAAUUAUAAACCACUUGAUUAGCAUAUUUGGAAUUAAUGCAAUUUCAAAUGGAAUUGCUUUUUUUUUUGAUUGGCAAUUCACCUUAGAUUAUAUUACAAAUAAAAAUCAAUCAGAUAUCCUAAGUUCAGAUCCCUCAAUUUUCGAAGAAAUUAAAGACUCAGUUGCUUAUUUGUUUCUUUUGUUUUCAGUGAAAUAUUUAAUUGAUUAUGACUCAAAACAAGCUGGGAAACUCAAUAAAAUUAAUAGCAAUAAGAAAAAUAAUGGAAACACUACUAACAGUAAUAAGGGUACCAUAAAAUCAAAUCGUUCAAGUUAUAGACUACCAAUGAAUUCAUGCCUAAAGGAUAUUCUUAUUAGAAUUAAAUAUCGUGUUGAAAACAACUAUUGGUACCAAUCAAUCAAAUUAACUGAUAAAGUACUAGAUGCUGACACAUUAUCACAACUAGAAAAUAUAUCAACUGAUAAUCUUCAACAUUUAAAUUAUGAUAAAAAAGAUUUUGAUAGCUAUUUGAAAAUAUUGUCCAGUGAAACUCCAUCGCACUGGAUCGAUCCAAUGAUUGAAUUAAGUUUUUAUAAAAAUCAAAGAUACAAUUUGGUUCAUCAUGUUAAAUCUCAAAUUAUUAAUGGAACGAAGUAUAAUGGAUCGGUUGCAUCAUUUUCAAACCAACUAGAUAUCAACUCUAAUGGAUUUAACAAUACUUUUACUGGAAAUGCAACAAUUAAAUCCAGUGAUAAUCUUAAUGGAUAUGGAAAUCUUAAUAAUUUAAAUAAUUUUAAUAAUAGUAUUAAUAAUUUGAAUUUAAAUAGAGAACCAAUUAGAUUGCAGCCUCCAGUCUCAGGCAUUGGUAAUGAUACAUUAAGUUUAAAUUCAUUUGCCUUAUCAUUGAACAAAUCAGGAUUAUUACGAUCUCCUUCAAAGGCAAUCAGUUUGAAUAUGUCUAAACAGAAUAAAGUGGAUUCACCAAACGUUAAAGAUUUAAGACAAUCAAUAAUUUCUACAACAUCAAUGCUUAAUAGGAAAUAUAAAAACAAUAGGAAUUCAAAGAAUUUGAAUGGAACUAUUAGAAAUAAUGAUAAUAACAAUAAUAAAAUCCCUGAUGUUUCUGAUUUCCUAAGUAAAUUGAACAUUGAUAAAAUUGAACAAAACAGAUUGGUGAUUUAA